UUGGGUGGCAACAAUGGCAGCUCUAGCGGCGGUGGGGCUUCUGGAUGGGCGCAGGAUAGCACCUCGAAACCGACAGGUGAAAGUGGCGGUGGCAAUACUGGGAAUGGAGGUGGCAGUGGUAGUGGCAGUAUCAGCUAUGAUGGUCGUAGCCGAGGUGGUGUUAACGAAUGUCUAGUUGAGCCUCAUCUUGGUGAGACAUCUUCCAAUGUUGAACAUAUGGCUCCUGGAAUUCCAGCCCUUAUGUCAAUCAAAACACGUCCACCAGGCUCCUCAGCCGGUAAUGCAUGUAGCAUUGGAAACAAUAACGGUAGCAUAGCCUCUGGUCAUUUCUGUCCUAGCUAUGCUUUUUAUUCAGCUGCUUUACCUUCCUCACAAGCGUCUAUGCCCCGCAACUCUCCGCAUCAUCAUAGUCAUCUUCACCAUCAACAUCAACAGCCACGUUUUAGCAUGGACUCAACACUUUCAAGUGACACUUACAGCAGACGCAGAGAGACAACUGAGAGUAGACCUCGACGAGGGGGUUGUCCUUCAGCUUCGGUUACACUCGAGUACUCUGGGAGUCGGCAGCGUCGCUUCUCUGGUCAUAUGCGUCACAUAGAUGUUUCUCAGACCGAGCUAGGCCGUCCAUUUGUCGAGACAAGGAAGAGCAAGUUGGCUAUCUCGUCAUCACGAAGCGAUGCCAAUGUUUGUGACAGUAACGUUCUAGUCGAUAUAGCGAUCUCCAGAGAUGAUUCACCCUCUUUAGUGAUCCAGAAAACAACCGAUAGUAUUACUACAAAGUCAGGCCGUCGCAGACCAGCUAAACGGAGGCAACUGGCUCCAGAACAGCAAAAUCAAACCUACCAUAUUGGCCCAAAACAUAACAAAAGUCAAUUACGUGAGUCUCACGGACAGCGGCAGCAGAGUGAUUCCAUUGGUAGUAAUCGAAUUCUGGAUCAACGAUACAUUGCCACAGACGCAUCAGUUCAGCGCCCAGAAGGUGCCUCUUUGUCUAAGGAAACGAGGUCGAUUCCUGUAUCAGGUGAUAUAAGUUUAGUUAAUCAGCACCAAAAAGCACUCCCGUGCUCUUCAUUGUCUUCUAAACCUCAUAAGGCUGAUUUACUAAACACAAACCACUCAUCUCUGAUCCAGAUACAAGUAGCCUGCUCAAAUAGCCUGGCCGUAUCCUCAGCUAAACCAAUUCUCAAUGUCUGGGCGGAGAGGUCAGAUAAGCAGGCAGAAGACAACUCAAAUGCCCGUAACUUGUUUUUCAUUAUUUAG